AUGACGGUUUACACCAUGGUGAUGCCGUGCCUGCAGACAUACGCGCGCCUUAGCGCCAGUGUCUUAGCUAGCUCCGACAAGGGUGAGACACAAGCGGCACUUUCACUGUUGCUUCAGUACCUCUCACGUCAAAGUUGCAACCCGAGCGAGGUGGAAGCUCUCGAGCAGUGGGGUCGCAAGCAGGGGAACGAAGAAUGGUUACAGGAGUGUGGAACUGAUGUCAUGGAGGUCGUUAAAAGGCGUGUUACGCAGCGGGCUCGUGCGCUCUCCGAGGCUGUGGCUAAUAGGCAGGAGAUACUCAUGAUGGAUGCACGAAACGCCGGGGUACCCGCUGUCAUACGCGCCGCCGAUGUCUACGACAGAAAGCGAAGCGGAACAGCGACGCUGGUGCAGUGGUGGCACCUCAGUGACGAUGACCCGUGGAGCUUCACCGCGGCUGCCUCCUGCUCACACGCUGCGCGGGACGGGUACGAUGGCUACCGAUUUAUUUGUCUGAGAGAGGCACUUGCGUUGGUGGGACCAUAUCUCGACCUAAUGCGUCAGGCGGCCGCCACUGGCGACUGGGACGGCGUGUCGCGCUUCUUCAUUGAGGCGGCAAGCAAUAUCGACCGUGUCCCCUUGAGAGAUGAUCCGGCGGUCAUCUUCGGGUCUCUAGAACUAUCGCGGUUACACCUUGUUCUAACCUUCGCCAGCCGUGGCGGCGUGGCCUCAGUAGAGAAUGCGCUACAGUCAACGCGAGUAAACGACGAUAUGCGACGAGCUGCGGCACUGCUUGACAGCCUUGAGACGAAGGAGCGAGACACAGCGGCGGAACACUUAUCACACGAUGCAUCGGCGGCUUCGGUUUCCAAGGUGCAGGCAUACUGGCGCUUGACACUCUCGUACAGCGCAUUCUUCAACACUGUUGCCGCCUAUGUGGACGGUUUAUUGGGAAAGUUCGAAAGAUGUGCCAAGGCGCUGCUGGGGGAUGGGACCGGAACGGGUGUCAGUCUUUGGGGAGCCGCACGGUAUCCUAAUAUUCACUUCUUGCCAGAUUCUACUGCUCACGAUAAGCACCCCGGCGCUCACCCAGGCCGAACCAAGAUGCAGUCAGGCGCGUGCAGCGUGAUGUCCGCUGUUUUUCCGUGCUCUUCCAACCACAUCCGCGCCACCUCCUCGGAUUACUAUUUGGAUGAGUUUGCGCCUUUGGUCACACGCGUCAUUGCUCCUGCCUCGUCCUUCAGCACUCUUGUUGUGCUGUCGGCCGUUGGCACUCUUCCGCUUCACGUGGCUCUCACACAGUUGCGCACGUGCGUAGAGUUUCGGGAAGUCUAUGAGGGUUGUGGCGAGCUCACCAGCCUUCUCGACGCCCUGUGGCGUGGACAGCUGGGAGUGGCUUGGAGGUGCGCUCAAGAAGCAGCAACGCGCCACUUGACCCGUGAACCGCACGUGCAAGCCUCUGUCGCGAAGAAGCUGCUGCAAUAUGUGAGGCGCAGUUUGUGUUUCCAUUACCUGCGUGUGCGGCGAACGACACUCAUGGCUGACGCGGCCGUGGAUUUGGGGUUCGAGUCAUCCGAGGAAAUUGCAGAGACGGCGACCGCACUCAUCUCCGGCAACUACAUUGACGCUCGCAUUGACUUGGUGAGGGGGGCUAUUUGCAGCAAUGAGCUGGAUAACGAGAGGUGUGAGGAGACGGAAGUCAAGAUCGAGGCAGCCGCGCUCGCCACGUUGAGCUUUUCGGCGCUGAAGGUGCAGUUUACGUGCUUGUCAGCUGAGCGGAACCUGAUCGCUUUACGAGAUGAUGGUUGA